AUGGCUGCUGGGCAGACGGGCAGCUCAGACGGCUGCUGGGCAGACGGGCAAGCACUUCAGACGGCACGACCUGGACAGACGGGCAGUCUCAGACGGCGUGGGCAGAAGGCCAGCUCAGGACGGGCUGGGCAGACGGGCAGCAACGAAGGCGGCGCUGGCAGACGGGCAGCGCAGACGGCGCUUGGCAGACAGCAGAUUCUGGCCUGCCUGAGGCGCACAAGUCUGUCCCUGGACCACCAGGCAGUGUCAGCUGCCUCCCGUGUCCGUCUGUCUGAGAGAGAGGAGGAAUGUCUUUCCUGCUACCUGAGGGCCUGUGACACCUCUCUUGUUUACCUGCAAGAACUCGAUAAGAUGGUGGUCAACCCUAGUUCUAAAGCAGCUAAGARCAGUUUGGCCCCUCCACCACUGGACAUUGACCUGGGCUUCUUCCAGCAGGCGGCUCUACAGAGUGCAUACCUGUGCCUGCUGCAUAGGGGGCACCUGGCCCAGGGAGCCCACCAGCUGCGCAGGGUCCUCAGGGUGGUGGAGUCUCGGGGCUCCCAGAGCUUCAGGAAGGCUGCCGCGCGGAAGCUGGCUGAGGUGUUGCUGAGCUCGGUGAGUGAGGACAGCUACUGGGCGCCCAUGUCUCUCCCACCCUCCGCCUGGCUGCAGAGAGAAGGGAACGCCGGCCCAAAGGAUGCCAUGUACCCCUCUCCCAAACAACCCCAACGCUACAGUACUGACAGGUCGAUACCUCCUACCUAUUUCCUUCCUUCCCCUCUCUCUCUCUCUCUCUCUCCCUCCCUUUCUCUCCCCUCUCUUUCUUUUKUAUUCAUGUGUAGUCCCAUUAAUCCACUGGUAUUACUCAAUCCCCAUUCAACAUUAGCACUGGCUUGAGAGAUUAGCUCACAUUCCCRUACAGUGGGGUUGUGUGUACUCCUACUGAACCGUUGAGCUUAAAUAGCCCCAGAGCAUCAAUACGGUCAAAGACAGGCCUCCCUAGAGGCCCAGGCGUCCACUGUUCCAGUGAUACAAAACCCACACAUGGAACAUAACUUGUUCUCGCCACUUUCUGACCUCGUAUUGGCUAGGAGCUCUGCGGCUAAGGCAUUUAUCCAUGCUACUAUAGUGCUCGGAUAAUGGUAUACUUCAGCCACCUCUCCUAUAAAGCACACGUACUGUACGUUGCGUUCACACUUCCAUUGCCCCCCC